CCCUCUUUUCAAGUUUCAACUCUCUCUCUCUCUCUCUCUCUCUCUUUUACAAAUGUCUAAAAUCGAAAUAAAAUCUCCGAAGGACUGUGCUAGCAAGCAAGGACUGAGAAUUGAGAGGAACUACAAGAAGCUCUUCUUUGCUUUCUCAGCAUUUUUCACCUCAAUCCUAUUACUAAUACUUCUUAUCUGGCUCAUCCUCCACCCUGCAAAGCCUCAAUUCUCCCUCAAAGAAGUUGAUAUCUACCAGCUGAACCUUUCAGGACCAAGCCUCAACUCCUCCAUCCAACUCACUCUUCUCUCCAAAAAUCCAAAUCAGAAAGUUGGCAUUUACUAUGAUGAGUUUCAAGUUUAUGCAACCUACAAGGGCCAACAGAUAACUGGUGAUACCCCAGUUCCUCCCUUCUACCAAGGCCAAGAAGAGAGUAAUCUCUUAACAGCAUCUUUGGUAGGAAAUGGGUUACCAGUUGCACCCUCUCUUAGUUAUGAAGUGGGUCGUGAUCAAACUAUUGGAAGACUAGUUUUGAAUCUCAAAGUUAUUGGGAAGCUUCGUUGGAAGGUGGGAACUUGGGUCUCUGGACGUUACAGGUUCAAUGUUAAUUGUUUUACUAUCAUGGCCUUUGGACCCUCUAUGCCUGCAGGUCCUCUUACUUCAAACCAAGGGGCUCAGUGUUCUACCACAAUUUAAACUUAUCAUACUGUUGCUAACUUAAAUAUAUGAUCUACUAUUCAUAUAUCAUAGCGAGUUCUUCCAGUUUUCUUGUUUGCACAUUUUGAUUGGCUUUGUACUAAAACGUAUUUUGAAGCCACUGUGUCAUUUGUAAAUCAAAUAUAUGAAUGACAGGACAAAAGUUACAAUUUGUGAGUGAUCAUGAAAAGAGGAUGCAUGUUCGAUGGUUAAUCUUAUCUCUUUGCUUUUGGAUUCAUUUAUCUUUCUCUUUCUUUCUUCUCCCACUAUUUAUCUAAAUUUGUCUUGCGUUGCACGUGAUGGUAGAGGUUAUGGUAAACGGGGUAAAAUGAAAAGAAGCUGAGUGUUGGAUUUCGUGGUAUAUCUCUAGUAGCUUUUGGGAGUGGAUGCAUGAGUAGAUAUUGGGUCACCUUUGUUUCUUUGGUUGGUUUUUGGGAUACGAUGAAAAAUGUUUUGAUUGAAGAUUAUGUAGACGAGAUUCGAAGAAGAGAGAGAGAAUGAAGAAAAAAAGGGGGAAAUUGGUAGCUUUCUUUGGAGAAUCUGCAGAUUUUACAUGUCAAUUCCUUGCCUUUAACUUAAAGGCUUUAAGAAUCAUAUAUGGUAUACUUUAAUCAAACUUUUGGUAACCGUGAAUCAGCUUAUAUAUUUAUUGUCUUUUUUUAGCAAUACCCAAGAAAUGAUAUUGGCCAUGCAUGUCUCAAACGAAUAUACCAGGACAUGCUAACUGUGGGAUCUAGGAAGUUGAUAGUUAGAACACUUUCUUCAUUGAUUUUCCGCAUUCUGUCUACAGCAACCCAGAAUAUUGAUUACCAGGAGCUACUUAUGCUUAUGCCAGCAUUUUCAGAAUUCAUAUUUUCUAAAGUAUGUUAA